AUGGAUACAGAAACCAACAAACAGAAGUGUCAAUCUGAUGAAGCUCCCACAAGAUAUGGAUUUGAUUCCCUACCUCAAGAACUUGUCGUUGACAUAGCUUCUAGGCUUCCCAUAACAUCUCUAGUCCAAUUCAAGUUUGUUCGCAAAUCAUUUUAUAGAUUGUCUCAUGAUCCAGAGCUUGUGAAUUUGCACCUGUCUCGUGCAGUGAAGAACGAUCCUUGCAUUAUUUUUCUAGCGGGUGAUCCUUGCUUUGUUGAACUUUCUGAUCUUGGUAGGGAAAAAGAAGUUUCUGUCAGCAUGCUCAAAGAGUGCUUUCCAGAAGAUGGAGUAGUGUCCUUUUACAGGCAAGUACAAGCACCUGCCUAUAUCAAUAGAAUGUUUGCAGGGAACAUCAUCGCGUUUGAAUUUGGUUUUAGUCCUGUUACCAAAGAGUACAAGGUGAUCAAGAUCACAUAUGAGUAUGGCCCUCGCUCUUAUUUUGGGACUUCAGAAGUUCAAGUAUUUAGUCUUAGUGGCAACAGUUGGAGAAGUAUUGGGGAAGCUGCUUACCAGAUUGACUCACAAGGAAUUAUGUUAAACGGGAAGAUGCAUUGGUUGACUCGGUUUGGAAUGUAUAAUGGAUGUCAUGAUAGGCUUAUUGUUUCCUUUGAUUUAGCUGAUGAGGUAUUUGCUGAAGUUCCAAAGGUUGAUUUUAAUGCUGACCCGAGAACUGAUAGCUUCCAUCUAGCAGUUCUUGGAGGUUCUCUUGCUGUUGCUAUAACUUUGCCUCACCAAAAAGGGUGUGGAAUAGAAAUUUGGGUAAUGAAAGAAUACAAUGUGAAAGAUUCUUGGGUAAAGGAGUACAUAAUUGGGGCUUAUACACCAACUCCAAUUUCUGUCAUGGAACAUGUGAAAGUUUUAUGCCUGUUGAAGAAUGGAGACCUCUUGGUGGAUUAUAGAUGUGGCAAUUUGGUUGCAUAUGAUCCACAAAAUGCUGUCUUUAGGCCUCUAAAAUAUCAAGGAAUGCCAAAUUGGUUUCAGAGGGAGGCUAAUUGGUGUCAAACAAUUGUUCAUGUUGGUGGCCUUAAUUGGAUUGGUAUACCACCAGCACAUCUUUGA